AUGAAAAAAAGAGACAGUAUUUCUGAACCUCCUCUAGAUAAACUAGAUCAAAUAAGAUAGAAGUUUUCGAAAUAAUUAACCAAAGUAAAUUCUAAAGGCUUUGUGACUUGCAACAUUGGAAAAUCUCCUCAAAAUGAUGGUGGAUCUAGAAUUUCAUUUGGUAAAAGCUCAUUUUUAGAAAAACUCUAAUCAAUCAAUUCAUUUGAAGAUGAUGAGAGAACUCUGCUAAAGUCUAUUUAAUUUGAUGUGUAAUUGGCAAUAAAGAGAUAUUAAUAAAGAAUUGAAUAAAUUGCAUAAUAGUAAGUAGAAAGAAGUUCAUUGAAAUCUUGCUAAUAAGAACUAGUACAAUACCUAACAACUCCAUAAUAGGAGUUAAAUGAAAUUUAAUUUGAUUCUUAAAUAUUAACAAUGAGAUCUACUUGUAAAAGUACUAAAUAGAAGACCUAAAUUGAAUCAAAUAUGAAUAAUAAAUUAAAAUAAAAUAAUAAAAACAUUUUGGGGAAUAAAAGAUCAAAUAAUACAUUCAAAAUAAUAGCUGAUAAAUAAAAUAAAGUUAAGCAGACAAAAAAAUAAAGUAAUUAAUCUCUCACUGAAAUAAGUUUGCUAACUAAAAAACAAUCCAUUAAUAAAGAUGGUACUCUUAGUUAAAAAUCAGUUUCUACUCGUUAACCUAGUGUAAAGGAAAUAGCAAUCAAUUUAGAAUAAAGAAGAUCUACAGGAAUGACAAUUAGAAAUCAACCAAGACAAUCAAGAAAUUCAAUAAACUCCUUUGAUAAUAAAUAACAAGCAAAAUCUAAAAAACAAUUAGUGUUCUGA